AUGAAUAUCAAGUGUAUGUGGUAUUGGAACCCUAAGUAUAGCUUUAGUCGUGGCCUUAGACCCCUAAACUAUGAUAGUGGUGUUCUUAAGUUGGCCGAGGAUAUUAAGGGUUUUGAUUUGGUGGAUGUGUAUGUUGAGCACUCAAUAGAAGUGACUCCUGUUGAGGAUAAUGUUGAUGGUUGUCCAAACUAUGUUGAUGAUGAAGCUGACUCUAAUGUUGAAAUUAUAAGUAAUCAUGAUGAGACUGAAGUUGAAGUUGGAAGUGAACCUAUUGAGGCUGAAGUUGAAGUUGAAAGUGAACCUAUUGAGGCUGAAGUUAAAGUGGGAAGUGAACCUAUUGAGGUUGAAGUUGAAGUUGGAAGUAAACCUAUUGAGGCUGAAGUUGAAGUUGGAAGUAAACUUGUUGAAAUGGAUGACGGUAAUGAGGGUGAGACAAGUAGUUCUAGUCAUGAGGCUAAUAAGCAUGAUGCUGAAAGUGAGAAUAUUAAAGAGAAUGUGGAUUUGGAUUAG